AUGAAUGAUUCAAAUGAUUCCUUUAUCUAUCUAUCUAUCUAUCUAUCUAUCUAUCUAUCUAUCUCAAUAAAUUUUGACAUUUUGUUAUAUCUCCGAAACCUACACUUUCGUAUCUAUCUAUGUUUUAUCCUUAUCUAUCUAUCUAUCUAUCUAUCUAGGAUUUAUCCUUAUCUGUUUCAUCAUUAUCUAUCUCAAUUUGAUCAUUAUCUAUGUUUUACCAUUAUCUAUUUCAGUCUGAUCAUUACCUAUCUAUCUACCUUUUGUGACCCAAAGGGAGGAAACCAUAACAAUAUCUAUAUUUUACCCUUAUCUAUCUAUCUAUCUAUCUAUCUAUCUAUCUAUCUCAUGCCUGAACAUUAUCUAGCUAUUUAUCUUCAGGCCCAAACCUUUCAGUCUGUUCAUAUCUGUCUAUCUAUCUAUCUAUCUAUCUAUCUAUCUAUUUCAGUCUGUUCAUAUCUAUCUAUCUAUCUAUCUAUCUAUCUAUCUAUCUAUCUAUUUCAUCUGUCCCAGAAACUGAAUUUCAUCUAUCUAUCUAUCUAUCUAUCUAUUUCCAUCUGUUCAUCUAUCUAUCUAUCUAUCUAUCUAUCUAUCUAUAUGAGCUAUCUAUCUAUCUAUCUAUUAUCUCUAUUCAUAUCUAUUAUCUAUCUAUUUAAUAUUUAUCUAUGUUCAUAUCUAUCUAUCUAUCUAUCUAUCUAA